UAAUACCCUUCCCCCCCUCUUUAAGUACUCAUCACCUCCCUUCCCCCAUUUCUCAAAUCCUCACUCACCAACUUCUCUCUCUAGUUUCUCUCUCUAACUCAAUUUUAGUAGCUCCAAGUUGUGAAAAAUGGGAAUGGUGAGUGUGAUUUGUUGUGUAAUUCUACUAGUAAUGGUAAUGGGGAGGAGUGAAGCAAGAAUUCCUGGCGUCUACGGUGGCGGUUCUUGGCAAACCGCUCACGCUACGUUUUACGGCGGUUCUGAUGCUUCCGGCACCAUGGGUGGGGCUUGUGGAUAUGGGAACUUGUAUAGUCAAGGAUACGGUGUGAACACAGCAGCACUGAGCACAGCUCUGUUCAACAGUGGCCUGAGUUGUGGAGCUUGUUUUGAACUUAAAUGUGCUAAUGACCCUAGAUGGUGCCAUUCCGGUAGCCCUUCAAUUUUCAUUACUGCUACCAAUUUUUGCCCACCCAAUUUUGCUCAAGCUAGUGAUAAUGGCGGUUGGUGUAACCCUCCUCGCCCACAUUUUGACCUCGCCAUGCCUAUGUUCCUUAAGAUCGCGGAGUACCGAGCCGGUAUCGUCCCCGUCACCUACCGCCGGGUGCCAUGCCGCAAGAGAGGUGGAAUCAGGUUUACAAUAAACGGAUUCCGUUACUUUAACUUGGUUUUAAUCUCCAACGUUGCGGGUGCAGGAGAUGUAGUGAGGGCGAGUGUGAAAGGAUCAAAGACUGGCUGGAUGCCAUUGAGCCGUAACUGGGGUCAAAAUUGGCAGUCAAAUGCUGUUUUGGUUGGUCAGUCACUUUCUUUCAGGGUGACGGGCAGUGACAGACGCACUUCUACUUCUUGGAACAUUGUCCCUGCUAACUGGCAGUUUGGUCAAACAUUCGCCGGGAAGAAUUUUAGAGUCUAAUGAUAAUUUAACCAAGUCCCUAAAGAAAAUGGAAAAGUCCAAUUUCAUCCUUAUUGUCUCUUUUUUGUUGGUGAUGUUAUUUUUGACAAAUUGAUUUGGUGGUUAUGUGGGUUGAGUUGAGGCUGAAGUGGCUGCACAAAAGAAAAGUGGUUAGCCCGCAGCUCUAUAUAUAUAUUAGUAGUAAUUGUAGUAGGGUUAGCCAUUUUCUUUAGUUAUAUAGUUGUAUGAAUUGUGAUGAUGGAUUGGGUAUACAUUUUGAGAAUUGUAUUUUGUGCUACUAAUUUAUAAUUCAAUUUGCAACAUCUUUGGUUUCUUU